UGGCAGCGCUCAAGGCCCCUCCCUGAUCCCGGCAUGCACCGGGGAGCGGGCCAGGCCUUUCAGCUGUGCAGGAAGAUGGCGAUACCUGGCGCUGAGCCGCAGAUCUUGGUACAAUACUUGGUGUUACGAAAGGACCUAUCGCAGGCACCGUUCUCCUGGCCAGCGGGCGCACUGGUAGCUCAGGCUUGUCACGCAGCCACUGCGGCCUUGCACGUUCACCGGGACCACCCGCACACGGUUGCUUACCUCCAGGAGCUGGAGCGCAUGCGCAAGGUGGUCCUCGAGGCACCAGAUGAGGCCACCCUAAAGGAGCUGGCUGAGACGCUGCAACAGAAGAACAUCAACCACAUACUGUGGCUGGAGCAGCCAGAGAAUAUUGCCACUUGCAUUGCACUCCGUCCCUACCCCAAGGAAGAAGUGACCCAGUAUUUGAAGAAGUUCCGAUUGUUCAAAUGACUGAUAUUAUCAAUUGCUUUGGUGUAUUCGUGUCUCGCCUGGAUCCAGAAACUACAUGCCAUCUAUCCCCAAGCGUGCUCCUUUCGAUGGCAACUUGCUCUUCCCUUAAUAUUAUGACAGUUUCCUGAGGUUCAAACACAAGUUCAUAUUAAAAUUGUCAUUUGUGGGUCCCAGGUCUGGCUGUGAUCCAGGCUUGUGGCUAGGAAUAGGACCCCAGAUUUAGAAUGUUAACAUUAGUAGGUGCCUGCGCCUAAAAUAUGCAAACAUAAUUCAGGUUAUUUAUCAUGUAUGUAUGGCUGAAUGCCACUAUUGUACUCUGAUAUAUGUGGAGCCAUGCAGUCCCCUGGGGAGCAGAAGGGGAGCAGAAGAGCAGAAGCCCACUCCCCACAAUAGAACUGCACUCCCUGCAAUAGAACUGCGCUCCCCACAAUAAAGUUAGUGCCUGCUGUUUCAUUCUCAUGUCGGUCCCUUGUGCAUUCUUCCAACUGGGCGUCUCACCACCGAAACCUCUUCUCGAUCAGAUUGGAGCUGACAUUAAUAAGUGCUUCCUCUUAUUUUUAAUUAUUAGAAAGUUCAGAUGGGGAAAGUGAGUGAGCAGCAAUGUCUAUGGGUCAUUGCUCAAGCAGAAGGUCUGGUUAGACGCCUAUACAGGGACCAAGGAAAUGCCCUUCCAUCUUUGUCAGGAAUAAAUAAUACAGUUCUUCCAAUCAGCAGGGUUUAAAACUUUGCCUUUGAAUUUCUUACAUCUACUUAUUGUAUUCACUGACUCUAAGACAUCAGCUUUAAGAUAACCAUUAUUUUAUGUGUUAAGAAAGAAAUGCUAUCAAUCAAAUUAAGACAUGCAAUAAACCAUGAGAUUAAUUUCAAAAAA